UCCGUUGGCGGUCAAAUGUCAAAUAUCGAUAGUGAGUAGUGACGGUAUCGACGGAAAUCGGUAUAUUUAGGGUCUCUCUUGCACGCUUUCCCUGUUGACCUGUACCGCUUAUCGAUGCCUAUGUUUGCAGCUCUCUGCCGUUGCCCGUUCAUUCAGUAACCAUAGUUGUAACCAUACAUGUAGCACAUCGUUUUUCCUGUAUAUUUCAACGUGAUCCCAAGAUGAACUGAUCCCGUUCACCAUCCAACCCGCGCACGGCGUGUGCCAAAAGUCAAGAAAAAUGUUUAACGUUAAAAUGAGUGCCAUUAUGGCAAACCUAUACAAAGAUGGUGCCACCAUCAACAAUAUCGAUACGUUGCAACAAAUCUAUUCCAGCAUUUAUUUCAAUCCAUACAAUAGCAUAUCAAAGACGUUACAAAAUGUCAGUUAUCCCGCAAGUAGCUCAACAGAGUUGCUUGUUGCCCAAGGGCAACGAAGCAACUAGUCCAUUGUCCUCUCAAGAAAUAUGUAAAUUAAACGAUACAGAAUGGGAUAAGUUAACAAGGAGUGACAUGGCUGGAAAUUUAUUGGAAUAUUUGGAUAAACUUUAUAAAGAUGAUGAAUCGGAAUCUAUUUCAGACUGGUUGAACGAAGAAAAAUUCAUCGACUUACCCAUAUUUGAUGAUUUUAUGACCAACACUUCGCCAAACCACGUUGAAAUGAAGCCAAUAGAGUACCACAAAUUCGUUCCGUCUAAUAAGGCUAUCCAAUACCAACCGUAUACCCCUCAACAAUUUACCCCUAUGUACUGUCAGCAGACCAACAUCCAGCAAAAGUUCAACUACAUAUCAGCCGAAUCCAUGACACCUCCUGCCUCUUUGACACCGCCCGAAAGUCCUAAAGACACUGACGUUCUUAUGUCAAUGCUAGACGACAUGCAACCCGAAGAACUUACACAAUUGGUGGUCGAUGAUAAUUCUCUUUCGGAUUUCAUGUCAUCAGAUGCGAGCAGUCACACUGAUUCUUACAGCGAUGUCGUGCCUGCUAAAAGAGCAAAACCGUAUUCUGCGAGAACGCCCACCGAGGAAAAACGUUUACGUAAAAAAGAGCAAAACAAGAAUGCAGCUACCAGGUACAGAAUGAAGAAGAAGGCCGAAAUCAAAGAGACGGUGAUGGAAGAGAAAGAAUUGAUGCAGAAAAACGAUAAACUCAAGGACGAAGCUAAAGAACUUGCCAGAGAAAUAAAAUACUUAAAAUCUUUGUUACGGGACGUUUACAAGGCCAAGGGGCUAUUAAAUUAAGCGAACAACUUUGCAAGCUAUACGAUCUGAUAUUUAUAUAUUUAUAGUUUUUUGUUUUUAUCAAUUGCCUCUUAGGCGAUAGCCCUUAUUGAUCAACGCAGCAGGUAUAAGAUAAUGAACUUGGUUGUUUUUAGUGCAGUAUUAGGGUUUGGAUAUGCUUUAAAUCAGUUUGCAGCCAUUAUCUCCUUGUAAAUAUAUCUUAUUCUAUUUUUUACUUUUUAAACAUUAUUUUUUUUAUGAACUUAUAAAGAAUUAACAGGUGUCUAAUAGUUGUUAAGCGUACUUUACUGUAUUUUUAUGAUGAAUUCAUUAAAUUUGCUUAAGUUGUUUAUUUUAAUUUUUUUUGUGUUUGUUAUAUGUAACAAUAUUUAUUUGUAACAAAGAUACAUGUAGAAUAUACUUUGUUGAUUUCGUUUUGUCCAUUUAAUUAGCUUAAUUAAGUACAAUUCAGAUUUAAUGUGAAAGUUUAGAACUUUUGAGUACGCUAUUUAUUUUACACUUGUUUGUCUUGCAUGUAAAAAGUAAUAUAAUUAUCAUUUAUAUUAUGAAUUUCUACUUUUAUUUACUUACCAACAAUUAAAAAUGCCAAAUGGAAACUAUGAACAACUUAAGCAUACAGAUUAAAAUUAUUGAUUAUUCACCACCUAAUAUUUAGCUACAA